CGUAAAUGAAUGUUAAUGAUGAUGAUGGUGGUCACAUGGUACACAUUGCAAGCUUUCCGAAUAGUGUUCGGGCGUUCGCUGUUCGCCGUUUCGAGCAGUCUCGAGUUCUGCGGGUCGCGUCAUCGCGUUCCCCUGUGUCACGGUGUCGUGUGUCGUCCAUGAGCCGGAGCGCGUCGUAACGCCGCAACGAUGAACCUGCUUCGCGUUCUCUCGCUGCAAGACGACAGGGGCGAACUGUUGGGACCGGAAUUGCAGGUGUUCCGGGACCACGCGGACCUGUCGGAGCGGAUGAGCAAGAGUUUCUACUACGGCAAGCUGCCUACCACGGACCGACCCUCGCUGGCGCUGACUGGGAUCGCCGUGGAAAUGUUCUCCAAGGUGCUCCCGAACGACGGACUCGAGCUCCUCGACAUGCACUACGCAGCGUCGGUGACCAGGCGUGCGUGCAUCACGCCAUGCUCCCUGAUGCUGGCGGUGGUGUACCUGGACCAGCUGCGGCACCGCAACCCGGAGUACCUGGCCUCGGUGUCCCCCUGCGAGCUCUUCCUGGUCUCGAUGCUGGUGGCCUCCAAGUUCCUCUACGACGAUGGCCAGGAGGACGAGGUCUUCAACGGCGAGUGGGCCGCCUCGGCGGGCAUGGACCUGCGGGACCUGAACCUGCUCGAGCGACGCUUCCUCGACGCCCUGGACUGGAACCUCUAUGUGAAGCCCGAGACAUUCACACACGUGCUCGAGGGCAUGGAACAUCGGAUAGCCUACCUGGAGUUUUGCAGACGAGGUUGGUCCACGUACACAGACAUCUCUGCGCUGAGUAAAGGUGCAACGCUAGGGCACUGCUGGCUGCUCGUCUACGACGGUGUCAUCAAGGUGAUGGUGGUGUCGGCCAUUGCCUACGUGGCGGCAACCCUGACCCUGUUUGGUUCGGCGACGCUGGUGCACAAGCUGGCCAGUCAGCCACCGGUUGCCGUUGAGACCAACAGUAGUGUGGCACCAGUGGAGUGCCCCCCGCCAUGCUGGGCAGGAUGCGGGGCCGCUCCACUCCAGCAGGCACACCAGCAGCCGUACCAGUGGGCACAACAGCGGGCACAUGACCAGCAAUAUCGGCAAGAAUACCAGAAUAUACUACAGCAGAAAUACCAGCAGGCAGAUCAGCAAGGAUACCAGAAAGCACACCACCAGACAUGGCAAGCACAUCAGCAGACUUACCAGCACACACACCAGCAAACAUACCAGCAGCCAUACCAGCAGACAUACCAGCAGCCGUACCAGCAUAGACACCAGCACUCACAUCAGCAUCUUCUGGGCCUCACCUUCUGACCGGGGGAGCCCCCUCGCUGGCACGCACAGGGGGGCUGGGGAUCUCGCGUGGGUGUGCGCAGCCCAAAUUGCACCCACCAGUUUGCUGGGCCUGGCUUUAGGUAGAGAAUGCUUUUGCCUUCUUGCCAUUGCCUAGACUGGAUGCAUACAGAAUUGCAGCAUAGGGAAGCCAUUGACAUGCACUUGACUUGGUAGAUUGAAACUCGUGCAUAUCGCCAAAUACGUAUACUCUUGAAAGAAAAAAAAUGCUUCAACCAAACUAUUCAUUAGUGUACUUGCCUAGGAAGGGAAAGGGAUUUUUGUUGUCUCGGAUGCGAUGAGACAAUGCUCUGCGCCCAAGCAUUUUCGUUACCAAAGGAGAUACAUGCACGUCCAUUCCACUUUUUAUGAGGUCAGGACUCUACACUUCUCGUACUCGGGCAUUGGCAUCUACACAAGGCAGGACUCGAUUUGUGCCAGCACUGGCACACGUAAAACUGUGAAACGACGGCACAAUAUAACGGACACGGCUUCGGAUCCCCGAAGCUGAAGAAGCCUUGGGAAUCCGAAACUAGAGCUUGAAGUAUUGGCCAAACCGCAGCUUGUUGGUGUGGCCGCACUUGACUGCUCAGUCUCUUCAUUCCAUAAAGGGACCGAGAGAAUGGUGUACCACACUUUGGCACACCCUGCUCCUCGGGUCAGUCACCAUAAGCUAAAAAACCUUAAAAUUAAUCAGGAUUUUAGCACAGCCUUACAAUUAACGCGCAAUAUUUGUUUGUUUUUUUUUCCGUGCCAUUGUUCGUGUUUGCCGGGACUACACCCACACUUGAAAUGAACCAACUUUGAAUUGGUUGCCGAGAGUGCACCCACACUUGAUAUGAACCAACUUUGAAUUACGGGGAGUAUACUGUACUUGCCCCUAGAGUGUAAUAGCAAUGGGAGCUUUGCGUAGCUUUGGUGUACAAAGGUAGAGUAUAUGACCCAUUAGCAUGGGAGAUGCCUGCCUGUCGGUCUGGGAUAAUGGCCGUGGUGCAAUCCUACCCCUUCCUCGGCACCCAUCGUUCGCACCUGGAUAAAUGCACAUUUUUUACUCGACUGUCCGAAAUAAGCUUGUUUUGGAUGCGAAAAUAAAACUCUCAAGC